AUGGAAUUCGUGGAUUCAAGUAAUUUUGAUGAAGAUUUCGGUAAAUGGACACCUUCCCGCAAAAGGGCUAAUGCUAGGGAACGAGAUCGUACCCAUAGUGUCAACUCGGCGUUCCUAAUUUUGCGUUCAUUGAUUCCUACAGAGCCAAUGGAUAAAAAAUUAAGUAAAAUUGAAAUUAUACGACUUGCUUCCAGCUACAUUGCACACUUGGCUACAAUUGUCAUAAAAGGUACUGCAGAACAACCCUGUUUACCAAAUAAUUUCGACAUGAGAUUAAAUGAAGAUUCUCUUCAAAUCAAGAGGAGGGCUGUUUGUACAUUUUGUAUGUCAGCAAACAUGAAUUUCUUAGAUAAAUGUACCCUAGCGGCAUAA